UCCCGCCCCAACCUGUAGCCUUCCCCGCCUCACCCCUCGGCCCCAGGCCAGCCUUGGCUGGGAUGGCAGCCCCGCGAGACCCUUGGCUGGGGUGGCAGUGGGGAGAGGCACGCGCGCUCGGCCGGGCGGUGAAGUUGCUACAGCGUCUGGAGGAGCAAUGCCGGGACCCCAGGCUGGUUAUGGGGCCCCCGUCGCUGCGGAACCUGCUGCCCCGCACCGCUCAGCUACUUCGGGAGGUGGCAAGAGCCCGGCGCGAGGCCGGGGGAGACCCCGAGGGUCCCGGUGGCGCUGGGGAUUUUCUGGUCAUCUACCUGGCCAAUCUGGAAGUCAAAGGCAGGAAGGUGGCCGAGCUGCUGCCAUCCCGAGGCAAAAAGGAUGCGAACGAGGAGGUUUUCCGGGAGGGCUCCAGAUUCAGGCGGCAGCUGGCCAAGCUGGCCCUCAUCUUCAGUCACAUGCACGCCGAGCUGAGCGCACUCUUCCCUGGAGGAAAGUACUGUGGACACCUGUACCAGCUCACCAAGGGCUCGGCCCACACCUUCUGGAGGGAGCGCUGUGGGGUCCGGUGCGUGCUUCCCUGGGCAGAGUUCCAGUGCCUCCUGUGUAGCUGCCACCCUGUUGAACCGGGCCCCACCAUGCAGGCCUUGCGUUCCACCUUGGACCUCACCUGUAGCGGCCACGUGUCUGUCUUUGAGUUCGACAUCUUCACCAGGCUCUUCCAGCCGUGGCCCACCCUGCUCAGGAACUGGCAACUCCUGGCUGUCAACCACCCCGGCUACAUGGCCUUCUUGACCUACGAUGAGGUCCAAACGCGCCUGCAGGCCUGCAGGGACAAACCAGGCAGCUACAUCUUCAGGCCCAGCUGCACCCGCCUGGGGCAGUGGGCUAUUGGGUACGUGAGUUCCGAUGGAAGCAUCCUACAGACCAUUCCUCUCAACAAACCCCUGUUCCAGGUGCUCCUGAAAGGACAAAAGGACGGCAUCUACCUCUACCCUGAUGGAAAGAGCCACAACCCUGACCUGACUGAGCUGUGCCAGACAGAACCCCACCAGCGCAUUGAAGUGUCCGAGGAGCAACUGCAGCUCUACCAGGCCAUGAACUCCACCUUCGAGCUGUGCAAGAUCUGCACGGAGAGGAGCAAGGACGUGAGGAUUGAGCCUUGCGGGCAUCUUCUCUGCAGCCACUGCCUGGCUGCCUGGCAGCACUCGGACAGCCAGACCUGCCCCUUCUGCCGCAGUCAGAUCAAAGGCCACGAGGCUGUGAGUAUCUGUCAGGCGCAAGAGAGGUCAGUGGAGGUCGGGACCACUGCAGAGGACUCCAGAGACAGCUCUCACCAGGAGGCUGCGCAGUGGAAGCUGGAGCCGGUGACUCCCUCUGCUCCCCCACUGCCCCCUGAAGACCCAUCCCCCAGGAGACCCCAAGACAAAGGCCGACUGACAGUGGCACCCCUCACCCUGCCCAGGCUCCGAGCUCCACUUCCUUUACCAAAAAUGGCCUCGGUCCUGUGGGAAGUCACCGCCAGGCCCCAGGCCAGGGAAGGGGCCACAGAGAGCUCCUGAAGGGAUGUACCCUCCGGCCGGCCCUAGGCAGCCCCGGUUAUGUCCAAGAUCCAGAGGCCAGGGCACCUGGACUGGAGGAAGGGAGCCCUGGGGCUCGAAGAGGUGAUGAAAGUGAAAUAAACUGAAUCCUGGCCUUUCGAUCCUCCGGCGUGUGAGGGAAACCCACAAUGCCACACAGCGCGGGGAGGCAGCUUGUCCCUGGGGUGGGGUGGUCUUCAGUCCUGACCCCCACCCCUUCCCCCAUUCACUGAGGAACCUGGGCCCCUCCACCCUGAGAUCUUCCCACCCAAUGGAGCCCCAGGCUCCCCCGUCAGACACGGAGUCCUACACCCAGUGCCCAGGACACAUCCAGUCCUGUCCCCCAUCCUGUACCUCUUGGGACCAGAUGCCCCAAUCCAAGCAUCUCUUGUUUGUUUCUUUGGCAGUUAGACCUGGGUGGCCACAGCCUGCUGUAUCCCUAUAUAGCCCAGGCUGGACUCGACCACAAAGCAUCCCCCUGCCUCUCCCUCCUGGGUGUGAGGAUCGCAGAUGAACAGUGUCACAGGCGGGUCCCCUCCUUUCUUCUCGCCCCUUCUCCCAAACUAGUGUGACCCCUGGUCUCCACAUUCCCCAGUGUUGUCUAGAGGGAUCAGGGUCCAUUUGCUGUAAGUUCAACCAGCCACGGCUGAGCCCCUGUCAGUGUGUCCAUCUGUCCACAGCCCCUCGUACCCCUCCUGCCCUGGGCCAUUGUACCACGUGCCCACCCUACACUGGAGGAGGCAGGCCUGGGCUGACCUAAGAUGGGCAAAGUUGCUUUGGAAGCGGCCAGCAGGGGACUGUAGGAAGCCAGAGGGAGGUGCCUUGCCUGACCUGGGCAAUCAAGGGAGGCUUCCCGGAAGAGGGGGCGUCGAAACUGAGAUUGUAGAGAAUCGGUGUCCCAUGGGAAGGGUGCCGGAAAGCUUGACUCACAGAUAAGUAACUAAUAAUAAUAAGUAACAAAAGCCAC